AUGAAGGUCCGAAAAGCGUCCGCAUGGCAAACCAUUGCCGUCGUUGCCGUCCUGUGUGGCGUGGCUCAAGCCUCUUUGGGGGACAGGUUGCCUGACUUCAAGGAGUGCGUGCAGGUCUGCGAAAAAGCGAAUUGUGGUGAAAGCGCUACACCAAUCCCCUUGCACCGCCGGCUCCUGCUCUGGGACUGUCCCUCGGAAUGCGACUACACAUGCCAGCACGUCAUUACGAACCAGCGGCUCGCGCGCGAUCCGCCGUAUAUGCAGCCGAUAUACCAGUUCCACGGCAAAUGGCCCUUCUACCGCUUCAUGGGCAUGCAGGAGCCCUUCAGCGUCAUCUUCUCGCUGUUCAACUACCUCGCGCACGACUGGGGCAUGUCGCAGCUGCGCGAAAAGAUCCCCGCGUCGUACCCGCUGCGCAAAUACUACCUGUGGUUUGGAUACGUGGGGCUCGCGAGCUGGACGUUUAGCAUGGUCUUCCACACCAGAGACUUUGGCCUCACGGAGAAGCUGGAUUACUUUGGCGCCGGCGCAAACGUGCUGUAUGGCAUGUACUAUGCGCCCAUUCGCGUCUUCCGACUCGAUCACAAUGAGCCGCGCAAGCAGAGCUUGCUGAGACUGUGGACCGGCCUGUGCAUCACGCUGUACACGCUGCAUGUCUUGUAUCUUUCGCUGUGGUCAUGGGACUACACGUACAACAUGGCGGCCAACGUGGCUGUCGGCAUUGUGUCCAACAUCCUCUGGAGCGGCUUCAGCUACGUCCAGUACAAGAAGAUUGGGCGCACCUGGGCGGUUUGGCCGGGUCUCUGCGUGGCCUGGAUCAUCAUGGCCAUGAGCCUCGAGUUGCUGGAUUUCCCGCCUUGGAAGGGCAUGAUUGAUGCCCAUAGCUUGUGGCAUCUCGGCACCGUCGUACCCACCGUCUGGUGGUACAACUUCCUCGUCAAAGACGCCCAAGAGGAUAUAGCAGGUACGCGGCUCAAGGAUUAA